AAGUAUGUAUGAAUGAUUUUACAUGAACUCGCCCUCACUCAUUGAACGUAGAACUGUCUGCUUAGGACUGUUAAUUUUAUCUGCAUUCGCGAGGGACAUGUAAGCGCAUGAGUCAUGUUGAGUGUGAAGUCAUAAAGGAGAUUUAGAACUUGCUUGUAUCUAUAUAAGAAAGAACCCAAGUGUAAGGGACUCAUUACUCAUAGUCGAUUAUCGUAACUGAACUCAGACAGGGAAUUGAUAAGCAGUUAAGCACAGCAAGCAACAAAUCAGCGAAGAACAGGUUAAAAAAUGAGCAGCAGCGCCGGCAAGUUGGUGUGUGUCACCGGUGCUUCCGGUUACAUCGCUACCUGGAUAGUCAAGUUUCUUCUUAAUCGCGGUUACACUGUCAAGGCCACUGUCCGAGACACAAGCGACCCCAGAAAGGUGGAGCACUUAACUAAUCUUGAGGGCGCCAAGGAGAGACUGCAGCUGUUCAAGGCGAAUCUUCUAGAAGAGGGUUCUUUCGACUCUGUUGUUCAAGGCUGCGAUGGUGUCUUUCAUACUGCAUCUCCCUUUUAUAAUGAUGUCAAGGAUCCACAGACUGAAUUAUUGGAUCCGGCGCUGAAGGGAACUCUAAAUGUUCUUCAAUCAUGUGCGAAAUCGCCGUCUGUGAAGCGUGUGGUUUUAACUUCUUCAACGGCUGCAGUUACACAUAAUGGAAGGCCUCGGACUCCUGAAGUUGUAGUUGAUGAGACCUGGUUUUCCGAUCCAGAUUUCUGCAGGAAGUCAAAGAUGUGGUAUGUGCUUUCAAAGACAUUGGCUGAAGAUGCUGCCUGGAAAUUUGCAAAACAAAACAACCUUGACAUUGUCACUAUUAACCCAGCAAUGGUUAUUGGGCCUCUUUUGCAACCAAUACUUAACACAAGUGCUACUUUAAUUUUGGAUAUAGUUAAUGGUGCACAAACAUUUCCAAAUGCUACUUUUGGAUGGGUCAAUGUGAAAGAUGUUGCAAAUGCUCAUAUCCAGGCUUAUGAAAUUCCUUCAGCUACUGGGAGAUAUUGUUUGGUAGAGAGAGUAGUGCAUUAUUCGGAGCUUGUAAACAUUUUACGUGAUUUAUACCCAACAUUACCCCUUCCAGAGAAGCCUGCGGACGAUAAGCCGUCUGUGCCAACAUAUCAAGUUUCAAAAGAAAAGGCAAAGAGCUUGAGACUUGAAUUUAUUCCUUUGGAAAUGAGCCUCAAGGAGACUGUUGAAAGCUUGAAAGAAAAGAAAUUCACCAACUUUUAAUUCAUCGUAUAUUAGUAGAGAUAAUAUUUAGUUAUGUACUUUAAUUUUAUUGCUCAUGAGUCAUGACACAAUGAAUGUAUGUCAAAUAAGACUUGGAAGUUGGAAGAAAUAGUACUCAUACUGCAGGUUGCAGAUAAUGGAAUAAAAGUUUGGAAGGGAUGUUAGAUAUGAGUCUAUGUUAUCAUGUUGAUGCUCACAAUAACUGCCUUUGCAUAUAAUAGAAUUGUGUCCUAUCUUUUUUAAUAUAUACGUUUUUUUUC